AUGGCUUCUACUCCUCCCGCCUCCAGCUCGGCCUCCGACGACGCUGCCCCAGCACCUAGUACCACUUCAAAUUCGAGCAGCAAUUACGGCGGCAUCGACCCGGAAGUUGAGUCGAACCUCUAUAUUCUACCAUACGUAUCCGACGAAGGUUUGCGAAGCGAUGUUACGGACCGCCGGAAAACAAUUGGAUCACCUCAAACCGACUACUAUCCGCUUCCAACUGGACUUAAUAACGUGAAGCCUGCUGACAUUUAUCCUCCGCCAGCCGACGGCUGCCUACUUCUGUCACUGCCCUCUGAACUCAUAGACUCAAUCCUCGCAUACCUGUCGCCUUGCGAUUUGGCCAUUGUCUCCGAGACUUGUCGUAGCCUCCAUGCCCACGCCGCAUCCGACGUCCAUUGGUAUCAAAGGGUGCAAGCGAACGUGCCGGGCGUAAAACUCGACACACCGUACCCGUGUAAUACCUACCGCGAGCUGUACACAGCCCAUGAUCCAAGAUGGUUUCUACCCAAAUACAAGAUCUGGUUCUGCGACCGCGACCUCAUGGGCAAGAUGAUUGUCGUGAGGUACGACCCGCGGAGAGGAUGCAUUGAAGGGUACCAGCUGCUGGCCAUCAGCAAUCGCACUACAUACCAGCACUGGCCUGCCGAUGCAACUGUCAUGAUCCAUGCGUUCGAGCCGAAAGUCAAGCUCCAUUUAGACAAACCGGUACUCCAGUUCUACCCGAAUUACCGAGAGCAGUCGCGCAACUUUUAUGAGGCGAUGAAGAAUCGCUUUGCCGCUGAAGUACCCAUGGUAAUUAACGACCGGUCCGAUGCCAUGUUCAGCAAUUUCCUGCUGGCUCGGCCGCUCGAUGCAGCCACGGCCACUUCGAGAAUGGGAACGCUCUUCCCAUAUGGCAAUGUUUGGCCUCCUCCAGCGAUUCCGGCUCGCCAUCGUGUAGCAGGCGUUGUCUCAGGACUGCACGGUGACGACCUCACGCCAACAGAUCUGCCGACUCGAAGAGCCGAGGCUUCUGACCAAGCCUUCCGCAUCCGGCAUUGGAUGGAGAUGGCCGGUGCCCCGGCAGCGGGGCUGUUUGUCGGCGCGGGCCCUGCCGGCCUGAUACGGGCUAUUCAUGCCAAUCUUUCGGCGCGAGGCCUACCAGGAGUGCAUAUCGGCGAGGAAGUUGUCACUUACUCGACGCUGGAUCCCAUCGUCUACACGCCGACGCCGCUCAAGCCAUGGCGCGGCAUUUGGGUAGGCGACUACAGCGGUCACGGCUGCGAGUUCUUGUUGAUCAACCAACCGGACGACGAAGAAGUAUCUGACGAGGAGCUUGGUCUGGUGCGCUCUGCUGAUGAGUCGGACGAUGAGUGGACACGCCGACGUACGGAUGCGAGAGUACAUCGAGGCCGUUUGGAAGCAAUUAAGCUCACCGGGGACCCCAAUGUGCCCAGGGGAGAGUAUACCUUCGUUGCAGAUGACCUCGGUGAGGCAGGCUUUGUAGGGCUAGCCCAGGAACCUCCCUUCCAGGGCACACGAGUUGUGAAGAGCAAGGGACAUGUGGCUGGAACCGGUUUCAUGGAAGACAGAUACAUUGAGUCCCAGCUUAUGCUCAUUUCCCAUGACAGACUUGCGCAAUACUGGGUCACAUUUGGUCACAUAAGUUUCUUUGAAAGGGUCAAUAUCGACGAGUUCAUUACACCGUGA